CUUAUAUAGGCUUUGCAGGCUUAACAGUUUGGUUGACGCGUCAACAGCCAAGUAUCAAACAUUGCCUCGUUGUAGCCUCGUUGAUCUAAACUAGACUCCAUGUCGUCUCUUGCUCAAAAAAUUCUAGUUGUCGGUGGCAAUGGUUUCGUUGGCUCCGCGGUUUGUAAGAUGGCUCUUGCCCGAGGAAUGGAGGUCACUAGCAUAAGCUCUUCCGGAAAACCUUACAAAACCCCACAAGGUCAUACCCCUGCAUGGGUGGAAAGGGUAGAAUGGCGGAAAGCCGACGCCUUGAAUCCGGAGUCAUAUGCGGACAUCCUCCCCAGUGUUGAUGCCGUUGUCCAUACCGUUGGUACGCUUCUCGACAAUACGCAGUACAAGCAGAGGAUACAAGAAGGUGAUAUAAUUGGCUUUAUCAAAUUCUUUGCGGGCCAGGGCAGUGGUCCAUCAGCAGAAGGUCAACGGAGCGCUUACGAUAUCCUCAAUUAUGAAUCAGCCGUGCGUGUGUGUGAAGCAUUCGUCGCGAGCAAGCCUAUAUCCGGACUUACACGUGUUCGUCCCUUCGUCUACGUCUCCGCGGAGGACAUCAACCGACCUGUCGUCUCCGUGCGCUAUCUCGAAACGAAACGAGAGGCUGAGAAGCGAAUUGAAGAAAUUGUCCAAGAUCAUCCUCAAUACAAGGGGGUGUAUAUCCGCCCCAGUUUAAUAUACCAUCCGCAUAUCCGACCAAUGACAGUUAUUCCAGCUACGAUAUUCGAUGUAUCAUCACGGAUCCAUAGCGCAGUGCCAUCGUAUAUCCCGAUGCCUGCUUCCGUUCUUCGGUGGUUAGGUACGUCGGUAUUCCCCAAUGCCACCGAAAAAACGCCUUCCGCCCUGACUUCCAUGGCGAACUUGUUCUCGAUUCCGCCAAUCAAUGUCGAUCACUUGGGGGAGGCCAUCUGUAUUUCCUUGGAUCCAGCUAAGGAGAUACGUGGUGUUGUUGGUGUGCGCGAGAUGCGCCAGCUGCUCGGUUUGUCCCAGACGGGAUCAGUGGAGUCGACCGCAAACACCUAGAAUGCUACAUCGGCGUAUACCUUGCAAGUCCCCAUGUUAUACUGUACAUCAUUUUGUUUUCUUGUAGUGAAUUCUUGGACAACCGGUUAUAUACUGGUUUGUAGUGAAUUCUUGGACAACCGAUUAUAUACCGGUUUGGUGUAGAGAACUUGGACUGAUCAAGGAACUUACCUUCAUGCAAAUCGAUAGCACUUGGGUGUUUUAGUGGAUAUAAAAAUAUUAAUGACUCGACUUGGCUCGAUCGAGGCUUCCGGGGGAUAUAGUAUUGUGGCAGUCUUCCAGCGACUAGAAGUACUUGAUAAUC